AUGAGGCUGGUACUUCUAUUACUCGCUCUCUGCGCUUGGGCUGCUGCUGUUCCCGCGCUCAUCGCCCGUCAGCAAGAGCUCUCUCCCGUAACAGACGAGCAAGCUGCCCGCUACAUCUCCUCAGCGGUCGUAUCGGGUGCUGUGUCCUGUGGAAGUCGUGCUGUGACUGCCUUUGACUGUGGCCCUGCAUGCGACAAGCUCAGUGACGCCGGUGCGGAGAUUCUCUACUCGGAUGGAGACGGCGAGCGCGACCCGUGGAUAUAUCUGAUGCAUGUCCACUCAGAAAACGCUUUGGUUGUAGCACACUCCCCCACCAAUUUCUCAAGCUUCCUUAGCGUGCUUAUCGACGCUAAUUUCUUCCUGACGGCAAUAGACGCUGUCCUUUUAGAUGAUAUGGGCGUAAACAGCUCUGCUGGAAUUUCUGUGCACUCUGGGUUUCUGCGCUCAGUUAAUAAGACAUACGAGGAAUUGAAGAAGAGACUGAUAGCAGCGAUGGAUAGGCUUGGUGAUAAGAUUAGUGUGGUGCGGUUCGAAGGCCAUUCCAUGGGUGCUGCUAGCGCGGCUAUUGAAGCUGUCGCCCUUAGCAGCAUCGUCAAAGAUCGAGGGUAUGAUCUGCGUCUGACCACUUUCGGUAGUCCUCGCGUGGGCAAUGAGCAGUUUGCUGGAUUGUUGGAAAAGACUAUACCACUGGAUAAGAGGGCACGUGUUACAAACCAGAAUGAUAAAGUACCUCACCUCCCUGGUUGGCCAUACAAGCAUUACGCAGGGGAGGUCUACAUACCCAAGCAAGACGAAAAUGAUAUACCUACACCUGCUGCACACUGCAUCGGGCGCGAGGACGACAGAUGCACUGAUAAGUUUAACAUCUUCCAACGCUCCAAAGAAGCGCACGUGGGGCCGUACUUCGAUCAGACACUCAGCAGGUCAGUCUGUACCAAUGCAGACGCAUAUCCACCAGAAUAA